GGGGACUUCGUGGACUACUAUAAUCCUACCCGAAUCAAUCCGGUCGGAAGUUUCACCCGCCUCGAUAUUCCCAAAACCCUCGUCUUCUCCACUCUAAUUGCCGCGCCUUCUCACUAUAAUAUUACUCUUCUUUUGUUUAUUUUUGGCCCCCUUUCCCCUCAACUCGGCGUGCCCAACCGAUCGUACGUAAGACGGAACUUCCUUCUACUCCUCCCACCGCCACGCGCCGCCUCAUUUCUUACUCUCAACCGACGGCGAUUCUUUCUUCUCACUACUCCCUGAGGUAGGUAGGUGUCCUCUGUAAAAACUCUGCUACUGAUUUUCCCCCCUUCUGUUAAAUUUCUUUCCUUUUUUUUUUGCCUCGUUUUUUCUGCUUCUGUAUGUGAAACGGAAUUCGAUUAUGUAUAUAUUUGUUACAUUUUAUGUUUUAUGGAUUUUGGGUUUUUGAGGGUUGAGGGUUUUUGGUGGCUGUUUCUCCGUGUGUCUAUAAAGGGUGAACAGUUAAAGAUCAUGAUGUCUCGCCACACUCGUCAGUCCCUUUUGAUGGUUCCCACAACCAGAGGAAAGCGAAGUAAGCUUAUGACUAUUACGGUUGGCAAGUUUUACCAGAUUGUUCAUGCUAAUUUACCUCCCAGAACUCCUCCUUGGCUGAGGGCCAUUCGUGUUGUCAUGGUCUCUGACAAGAACAAAUUGAAGGUCACUGUUAAGUAUCCUAGCCAGGCCGCCAUAGAUAGUUGGUCUAGUUCUCAGGAUAAAGCCUGCUCCAACCCUGAGCUUGAUCUGUGUUUCAUUAUGGGAUACAAGCUUGCCCAGAGGGUGCUUUUUGCUGAUGUCAAUGUGCCAAAAUUCAAUAGUGUGGAAGAAAUUAAGGGCUUUUGGUUGGUUAAGUCUCCUAAGCUUGAAAUCGAAGAUGUUCCUUUGAGGACUCUGCGUUCUGCGAUGAAGCGUGAUGCUAAAAAAGAAGAGAUACAAAGUGAAGUUCCUAAGCUGGCAAUUGUUAAAGUUGAGAAUAUAGUUAAAGAAGAGAUUGGAGGUGAUGAACCUGAGGCAGAUGAUGCUACUCCUAAGAUGAAGAAGUAUAAGUGGUGGUCGAAUGACAGCUUCGAUGUGGGCAAGAAAGUCAUUUUGAGGAUUUUGAAGGAGAAGAAAGCUGGAGCAGACAACCCAAUUUACAGAGCUGCUUUAAGGAGGGAGGCACAGAAGGAGAUUGGUAAUACUGGGCUGUUGGAUCACCUUCUUAAGGACAUUCCGGGCAAGAUAGCACCUGAUGGGGCUUCCCGUUUUCAACGUUGCUACAAUGCUGAUGGUGUGAUAAUGUACUGGCUUGAAAAUGCUGAUUUGGUUGACCUCCGGAAAAAGGCUGGCGUGGCUGAUCCUUUUUGGAUUCCACCACCUGGUUGGAAAGUUGGGUCUUGCUCCUCAGGGUGUCCCUGUUCCAAGGAGUUGGAGCAACUUAAGGAAGAAUUUUCACAAGUGAAAAGGUACAAAGAUGGGAAAGUUAUCAACUUUACUGCUGUGCUGCAGUUGACAUGCAUUUCAAUUGACCUGCUAUAAAAACCAUUUCAUCCCGUCGACGUAGUUGUCUAUUCUUUCUGUUCUUUGUAUGCAUCUUUGCAUGCCUUACCUUGAAGCAAAUAAUCAUACCAAGCAAAUAAUUUUAUUCAUCUUGGCGAGAUUCAGUAUGUACAGUUGUGAUUUACUUUAACAUCAUAUCCUUCAUCAUACCAAGCAAAUAAUUUUUUUUACUCAUAUGAUCUUUUUGUUGGAUUAGAUGUUUUCUACGUUUUACAUUCCAUCUUGCAUCCACCCAGCUUUUGCUUUCAACAUUGAAAUUCAAGGAUCCUUUUGUCCGAAGCCAACUUGUCUGCUGUGUGCUUAGUGCAUGACCUAGUUAGGCGAGUUCUGCAGUUGGUGAUACUUAUUAAAAGUUUUUUGUCAUUACAUGUGCUGCCUGAGUGCCUGAGUUCCACAUAAAAUAUCUUAGUUCAAUGAAGUGUUGGAGAAUUUUACAUGCCAGGUUAUCACUAUGAAUAUUGCUAGAAUUUGCUGUUGGAGGAUAUCUUUGGCACUUGUAUUUUUGUUAAGUGGAUUUCUGGAAUUGUUGCUAUUAUUGUUUUCUUGUAACUGGGAGCUCUUGAUCCUGGAAGGUCUCACUUAGUAACUUCAUUUUUCUCUGCCUUUAUUUCUGGUGAUACGAGGAAGCUUUUCUUUUUUUAUACUUGGUGUCUGUAUUCUGAUUCGGAAGUUGUCUAUCUAUGUUGGCGAGAAUCAUGCAAUUUUAUAUGCGACAGUUGGUGCCUCUUUACACUUUAAUGUUGGCUUGUAUUCUUCAUUUAUAGAGAUUUGGAAGAGACACAGAAGCAAUUGACAGAGGUUCGUGCUGCUAAUAAUGAAGUUAGGAGGUAAGACACAAGUUUUUACUUGCUCAGCAAUUUUGGCAUGUUUGGAAAUUAAUACUUUCUUUUCCAGAGUUGUGAUCUUCAGUGUUUUAUCAUGAAAUGAGUGAAACUUGUCAAUGUGUGUAUCUACCUUGGUGGACAAUCAUGUCAAAAUAAUACGUGACGCCCCCUCUUCCAGUUGCACUUUAAUGUGGUUUUGUAUUCCUUCAUUUACAGAGAUUUGGAAGAGACGCAAAAGCAGUUGACAGAAGUUCGUGCUGUUAAUACGGAAGUUAGGAGGUAAGAUGGAAGCUUUCACUUGCUCAGCAUUGUUGGCAUGUUUAAAAAUCAGUGCUUUCUUUCUGAGUUCUCAAUCUUCAUUUUUCACCAUGAAGUCCUUGCUCGUGUAACAUUUACAUGCAUUUCUUCUUUUUUAGUGCACGUGUUUCCCUAAGUGACGAUGCCAAUGAAAUUGACAUUGACUUUUGCAUUGCAGAUGUUCUGAUUGUGAUAACUGGGUAGGCGGUUUCUGGUAAGUCGGAUUGUGCCAGUUUUUUUAGAAAAUUGGCGCUUCCUAGAAAAAUAGUGCAGGUCCCUGACCUUAUUCUCGUGAAAGAGAAAGUAUUAGAAAUUUUGUAUAGAGAUGGUUUUAAUGUUUCUGUAAAGCGGCUUUUUGAAUAUGCUGUACGGUUAUACUGGUUAUACAUGUAAGAUACAGAGAAUCUCAUCCGUGCAACAAGUUCCAGACUUCAUGUCCUGAACAAGUUUAAUGAAAAUACUAGUGUUAUUCUAGGAAAGAUACUUGGGUCGAGAUCCGUUUUCUCUUUGAAGCUGUCGGCAUGGGAAACCAUCUUAGAUUAGAUCUUCCGUUGAUGAAUGAAGAUAUGGUUUCCUAGAUUGGAAGAAGAUAGCUGUUAAAACUUAUGGAGUAAAACUUUCAGCUUGUUGGCAUUUAUAGAAUUCAGCUUGUCGGCACUUAUUUCGCAGGAAACAGUGAAUAGCUGGCCUUGUAUUUGAAGGUUCUUAUCCCAGUACUUAGGAAUUAUUUACCUUGGAUUAGAGGCAAACUGCCAGAUCCCCAUAUGAAUUCAAAGUUAUUCUACUUCUCUGUUCCAUAAUGUCCCCAAUUUUUAUUUUUUAUUUUUUUCUGAAGUGUAGCUUAAAACAUUAAAACGGCAGUUUCUGGAACUGAAUUAGAUGACUCCAUAACAAGGUAACCUUACCCCCUCCCUGUAAGAUCUUUUUACUGUCUGUCCAUGUUAUUUGCUUCACAAUGAGUUAGAACUUUUGAUGUCUGUACAUGGAGAGCUGGGGAUUGUGAUGGCGCCGGAGUUGUAGCCUUCUUAACACUAACAGUCCUCCAAUCAUAUGGUUGAGACGGUGUGAUUUGUUGACCGUUGACAUUGCAUUAUUGAAGAG